AUGGCAUCAAAGUUUGAAGAAGAUCUCACCUGUCCUGUGUGCUGUGACAUCUACAAGGAUCCUGUCAUACUGCCGUGUGCUCACAGUGUGUGUAAGGCCUGUCUGCAGCAGUUCUGGGAGAAGAAGGGAUCCAGAGAAUGUCCCUACUGCAGGAGGAAAUGCUCAAAAGAGUUUCUUCCACCCAGCAUGGCGUUAAGGAACCUGUGUGAGACCUUCUUACAGGAGAGGAGUCAGAGGGCUUCAGCAGGGUCUGAUGCACUCUGCCUUCAUCAUGGUGAGAAACUCAAGCUCUUCUGUCUGGAGGACCAAGAAACUGUGUGUUUGGUUUGCAGAGACUCAAAGAAACAUAAAAAUCACAACUUCAGUCCCAUAGAUGAAGCAGCACUUGAACACAAGGGAGAGCUCAAGAUCAAAUUGCAGCCUUUACAAGAGAAACUGAAGAAAUUAGAAGAAGUUAAACUCCUCUGUGACCAAACGGCAGCUCACAUUAAGACCCAGGUCCAUACCACCGAGAAGCAAAUCAAAGAGGAGUUUGAGAAGCUUCACCAGUUUCUACGAGAUGAAGAGGCAUCCAGGAUAUCUGCACUGAGGGAGGAAGAGGAGCAGAAGAGUCAGAUGAUGAAGGAGAAGAUUGAAAAGCUGAGCAAAGAGAUCUCAUCUCUUUCAGAAUCAAUCAGAGCCAUAGAAGAGGAGAUGGAAGCUGAUGAUGUCACUUUCCUGCAGAACUACAAGAGCACAGUGAAAAGAGCCCAGCGCACACUGCAGAAUCCAGAUAAGCUUUCGGGAGCUCUGUUCAAUGUGGCAAAGCACCUGGGCAACUUGAAGUUCAGAGUCUGGGAGAAAAUGCAGGAGAUUGUUCAACUCACUCCUGUUACUCUGGACCCCAACACUGCACGCCCACAACUGAUCCUGUCCGAGGAUCUGACCAGUGUGAGGCGUGGUGAUAAGAAACAGCAGCUGCCUGAUAAUCCAGAGAGAUUUGAUAAGGGUCUCUCUCUCCUAGGCUCUGAGGGCUUUAACUCAGGGACACACUGCUGGGAUGUGGAGGUUGGGGACAACACAUGGUGGAUUGUGGGUGUGAUGGCAGAGUCUCUCCAGAGGAAGGGAGACUUCACAUCCUUGAGUGGGUGGUGGUUUGUGCAUUAUCAUGAUGGUAAAUAUGGAGCGCGUGCCCCACCACAACCCUCCACUCUCCUCACAGUGAAGCAGAAACUCCAGAGGAUCAAAGUGCAGCUGGACUGGGACAGAGGAAAGCUGUCAUUCUCUGACCCCGAUAAUAACACUCAUUUACACACCUUCACACACACUUUCACUGAGAGAGUGUUUCCCUAUUUGAAUACUGGUUGUAAUGCCUGUCCUCUGAGGAUGCUACCAGUGAAGACCUCUAUAAAAGUAGAGCACUUCUUAGUACAGGCCCCUCUUGUCUCCCAGGAAGUGAAGGCUGAGGUACAGAAGGCACUCGUAACACUUGAACAGGAAAUGGCAUCAAAGUUCGAAGAAGAUCUCACCUGUCCUGUGUGCUGUGACAUCUACAACGAUCCUGUCAUACUGACGUGUUCUCACAGUUUAUGUAAGGCUUGCCUGCAGCAGUUCUGGGAGAAGAAGGGAUCCAGAGAAUGUCCUUAUUGCAGGAGGAAAUGCUCAAAAGACUUUUAUCCACCCAGCAUGGCGUUAAGGAACUUGUGUGAGACCUUCCUACAGGAGAGGAGUCAGAGAGCUUCAGCAGGGUCUGAGAUGCUCUGCCUUCAGCACAGUGAGAAACUCAAGGCCUUCUGUCUGGAUGAUAAAGAAACUGUGUGCUGGGUUUGUCGAGACUCAAAGAAACAUAAAAAUCACAACUUCAGUCCCAUAGAUGAAGCAGCACUUGAACAAAAGGAUGAGCUCAAGAUCAAACUGCAUCCCUUAAAGGAGAAACUGAAGACAUUUGAAGACGUUAAACUCCUCUGUGAUCAAACAACAGCUCACAUUAAGACUCAAGUUCAUAACACUGAGAAGCAGAUCAAGGAGGAGUUUGAGAAGCUUCACCAGUUCCUACGAGAUGAAGAAGCAGACAGGAUAUCUGCACUGAGGGAGGAAGAGGAGCAGAAGAGUCAGAUGAUGAAGGAUAAGAUUGAAAAGCUGAGCAGAGAGAUCUCAUCUCUUUCAGAAACAAUCAGAGCCAUAGAGGAGCAGAUGGAAGCUGAUGAUGUCACGUUCCUGCAAAGCUACAAGAGCACAGUGAAAAGAGCCCAGUGUACUCUGCAGAAUCCAGAGAAGCUUUCAGGAGCUCUGAUCAAUGUGGCAAAGCACUUGAGCAACUUGAAGUUCAGAGUCUGGGAGAAAAUGCAGGAGAUUGUUCAAUUCACUCCUGUUACUCUGGACCCCAACACUGCACACCCAAAACUGAUCCUGUCUGAGGAUCUGACCAGUGUGAGGCGUGGUGAUAAGAAACAGCAGCUUCCUGAUAAUCCAGAGAGAUUUGAUAAGGGUCUCUGUCUCCUGGGCUCUGAGGGAUUUAACUCAGGGACACACUGCUGGCAUGUGGAGGUUGGGGAAAACACAUUGUGGGGUGUGGGUGUGAUGGCAGAGUCUCUCCAGAGGAGGGGAGACUUCACAUCCUUGAGUGGGUGGUGGUAUGUGUAUUAUUGUGAUGGUAAGUAUGGAAUGUGUGCCCCACCACAGCGCCGCACUCUUCUCACAGUGAAGCGGAAACUCCAGAGGAUCAAAGUGCAGCUGGACAUGGGAGGAGGAAAGCUGUCAUUCUCUGACCCUGAUAAUAACACACAUUUACACACCUUCACACACACUUUCACUGAGAGAAUGUUUCCAUAUUUUCAUACUGCUUGUAAUGCAUGUCCUCUGAGGAUGCUACUCAUGAUGACCUCUAUAAAAUUAGAGCAGCACAAAUAG